UUCUCACGCACUUCGCACAUCAGCUGACUCGUCUAAAGAUAACACCCACUUUCCUGCUAGCUUUUAAAGGAGCAACUUGUACUCCUGUGCCCGCUUUGUCUCACGGAGUAAACCCUGAUAUCCGAAGAUGGUCCAGAAGAUCGAGGUAGAGGGUUUCGACGCCUUCGUAGAGGCCGUGGAACCCUUUAAAGCCUCGGGGAAGCCGGUCUUCGUCCUGUUUUCAGGCUCGAAGACAGCGGGCGGAGUGAGUUGGUGCCCCGACUGUGUGACAGCUGAACCCGUGGUCAAGGGCGCCGUGGACAAAGCAGCUCCUGAAGACGCUGUAUUCAUCUACGUUGGCGUCGGAGGCAGGGACUUCUGGAAGGACCCCAACUGCGUCUUCCGGACAGAUGCUAGGACCAAGUUGAAGAGCGUGCCCACCUUGAUGAAGUACGGCACGCCGCAGAGGUUGGAGGAGGAGCAGUGCGCCAAGGCCGAAAUGGUUGAGAUGCUCUUUGAAGAUGCUUAGCGAACACAUGUACAUGGCUGCCCAACAUAGGAAGACGAAUUGCUGAUUCCAGAAAACUAAACUGUUGUUUAUAUAUUAUAUGAUUUACGAACAAACCAGUUUUGUAUUUAGUUUCAAUGUUUGAUUUGGGCAAGAACAGGGGAUACCCCUUAAAUAUCUUUAAUACAAAUGAUUCUCUUAAUUAGAUAUAUAUUUACUUAAGAUAUGAUUUUUCAGUGCAUUUCUUAGAAUGUUAAUUAUAUGAUUAUUACCCACUUUCUUUUGAAUUACAAUGACAUUUAAUUAUUAGCUGUUUGUAAUGUGUCACCAACAAUUUUUUAAUCACUUAUGAUACAUGCUUGUCUAACAUUUGGAUCAGGAAAGAUAAGCAACAUAACACUUGGUUUCUUUCAUUUUUUUUGUUGCAGAUGUAAGAUAUCUUUGCUAAUUACCAAUGAAUUUUGUAUAAAGUC